GUACUAACAUGGCUUCUUUAUGCCUUCUUACACAAAAACCUAUUCCCUACAUCCUGCAUAACUAACCACAAGAAGCAGAAAUAGAGCCCCUGUCUUCUUUCCACGAGUGAACUAACUUAUGAACUCCGGCCCUUCUGCUUUUUUUCUUUUAAUUUGGGAGAGAAACCUGGAUUUUACCAAGCCCCUCCCUGCUUCUCUCUUGCAGUCAAAACGAAGAAAGACGAGGCGAGGGCGUCGAAUUUCACUUCCUGUCACCUGGCAGGAGUCCUUUGUCUGUUCUUGAAUGCUAUUUAAAGGCGGGACGGAGCAGCCAGCAGCGGACAGUGAAUUAAAGAGUUAACUGGAGAUUUCCUCGGAAAGGGCGCCACCCUCUCUGACGGUAGAGUAGCCUAUGAGUCAGUUUCACCUGAAACUCUUCAGGUAAGUAAAGGAAGCAAAACGAAGAAAAGAGGAAAAGGAACUGGAGCCAAGAUCCGGAAAGAAAGAGGGCCCAAGGCUCAAAGCGAGAGAGCCCGCUCGGCUACAUCGCAGGGGCUGCCCCAAGAGCUUCGGGUUCAGGAGACUGGUUUUCCAGCCGCCGACCGUCUGCAAGAGAGGCGAGGGGUGCCUACCGGACGCGGGGCGUGGGGUGGGCAGAGAAAGGCUUCGGGGCGGCCGAUCUCGCCCUGAAGAAGAAGAAGGCAACUUGGGAGAGUCAUUUCUCGCAGAAGGGCUCGAGUUCCAGGGACCCCACUGGAGAAAAGGACGUUCGGAGGAGAGGCGGAGGUGAAUGCUCCUGCUCGUCCGGAGCCUUUUCUCGCGUCUCUGCUCGGUGUUCGGGGGCGGAUCUGCCUUUGAAAAGCCGUCGGCCCGGAGAACUGCGCUGGUUUCGCUCGUUUGGGCGGAGAUGGGCCGAAGUAGGAGCCGGCUACAGGCCGGACUCCUGGUGACCUUGGUUUUUUUAGCCGGCCUGGUUCUCGGUCAGGAACAAAAUGGGGACGGAACCUCGUUUGGAGAAAUGUGUCUUGCCCAAUUUACGGCCGGGUUUCCGGAGUUUGUGCUGGACACGAAUGCCUCGGUGGAGAACGGCGCGACUUUCCUGGCUUCGCCGCCGGCGGAAAGCAGCCGCGAUUGCGUCCGCGCCUGUUGCAAGAACCCGAGUUGCAACUUGGCCCUGGUGGAGCAGAGCCCCGCAGACGAUUCCGACGUCAUUCAGAGCUGUUUCCUCCUCAACUGCCUUUACGACCAGGCUUUGGUCUGCAGGUUUGCCAAGAAGGACGGCUUCCUGAACUAUGUCAGACGGGAGGUUUACAACGCUUACGCGACCAUGCGCAACCGAGGCAACAGCGAUGAUCAGCCGCCUAAACCUAAAGCUUGGAUGGAUGUGAAAGUCCAGCCCCGUAAUGAACCAGUAAUAUUGAAUGGCUCAGACAGUACUGAUGAUAAUGGAAUUGUGAAUUAUGAAUGGAGUCUUCUUUCUGGUGAUUCCUCAGUGGUAAUGGAGAAAGAGAAUGAUAUUAUGAUGCUUUCGAAUCUGAAUGAGGGGAUUUAUAUCUUCCAAUUCACCGUAACAGAUACUGUGGAUCAGCAAAACUCCAUCAACAUCACUGUCACUGUACUUGAUUCUGAACAGACUGUAGAUCAUUGCUUGGCUCCUUAUAAAGUGGGACGGUGCCGAGGUUCCUUCCAUCGUUGGUACUACAAUCCUGAAAUGGAGCAGUGUCAACAGUUCAUUUUUGGUGGCUGCAAUCCCAACAAGAACAAUUAUGUCAGAAAAGAGGAAUGUAAUCUUGCCUGCAAGAAAGUGGAAGGUGCUGUUGAAAAACGUCAAGAACCAACGUGCAAUGGAGAUUGCCUGCCCUUCUAUUUCAAAUGUGAAGAUGGCUGCUGCAUUGACAGAGUUCUAGAAUGUGACGAAACUCCAGAUUGUCGAGAUGGGUCAGAUGAGAAAUUUUGUGAUUCGUAUAUUCAAGGAUUCAAUAAGUUACAGAAAAUCAAUAUUACUGACAGAACUUAUUGUGUGGAUGUGCCAGAUACUGGACCGUGUGAAGGAAGUCUAUCUCGCUGGUACUACAACCCUUUGACUGAGAAGUGUGGUCGCUUCACUUAUGGAGGCUGUGAAGGCAACAAAAAUAAUUUUGAGCAGGAAGAAACAUGUAUGAAAUUAUGUGGAGGUGUCACAAAGGAAGAUAUGAUUGGGGAGAGAUGGAGAGGAUUCGAAUAUCAACAAGCCAGUUUAAGUGCUUUUGAAGUGACCAUUGCUGUGCUCCUCGGUGUCUGCAUCAUGAUAGUGUCGGUAGUCCUUGGUUACUUCUUCCUAAAGAAGCGAAAAACUUAUCGAAGACGUCGUCAGCCCCCUACUGUGGCUAAUUCCACUCUUUCUUCUGUCUUAUCGACGGCUGAAGACACAGAACAUCUGGUAUACAACAGCACCACAAAGCCCAUCUGAUUCUGUAAAAUUAUCCUCCAUUUCUGGGAAGGACAGUCUUAUCAACUGCUUGUCAUGCUUGUGUAUGUGGGGGAGAGGAUCUACUGAAGGAUUUUUCCUUCCUUUUUCCAUGUUUCCUUAGACUAUCCAUUAGCUGCUUACAAACUCUACCUGUCCUGAUCCUGUGAUAGUUUCUAAGGGCAAGGAGUGAUCAGAAGAUUAGCCUCCUCUGACAGUACAUUGACUUUUUUUGAGUUCAUAUUUCCCUGAGUUCUAUAAUGAAGGUUAUUUUAAGUGUAAGGACUUGCUAUAUCUAUUGAAGGAGCCAUAGUGAAUGGGAUUCUUCUUCCCACAAACCCAUUGAACCCUACAUUUCUUUGUCUUUGUGUGUGUGUGUGUGUGAGAGAGAGAGAGAGAGAGAGAGAGAGAGAAAGAGAGAGAAAGAGAGAGAGAUAGACAGACAGAGAGAAACACAUAGAACAUUCCUUACUUCUUCCUAUUUCUUUCUGUUUAAAACCUAAUGCUGCCUUAAAGCCACUCUCCCUGUGUUUUAACUGGUACAUAAAGUGAUACAGUUUUUAAACUUGCAUUUUGAUGAAAUAUUUUGAUGGACUAAUUAAGUAAAAGUGGUGUCCUUUUCGCAAAUCUGUUAAUGUCUAGGCUGGGGCCUGAGCUCAUCUCAUCUAUGCCAAAUACCUAGAUUAAUGCUAAAUGGAAAACAGGCAAAUCGUGGUUUGAUCUGAAUGCAUGUAAGAGGAAAUAGAAAUUAGGUCAUGACUGAAAAAUCUGGCUCUGCCUUUCUCUUCUGGAUUUCCCCUCUGUUCCUAUCUUCUAGUUAUCAUUUCUAGUUUAAUGUUACAAUACUGUUUUGAGUUCUUCAUAUCUAUUUAUUUUUAGAAUCAAAUUGUGACAGAAAAAGAGGAUAUUCCUCAUUUUAUAAUUCGUCUUCAACUAUACAAUCUCUUUAAGUAGUUAAAUAAUGUAAUUACAUAGGGACAUUUUCGAAAUUAGCUUUUCUUCAGAGCUAAUUUUCACAAGAUCCUUGGAAAAAAGGAGAGUCAUGAAAGUUGGCAGACUCUGCUUCUUGCACAGCCCUACUUAAAUAUAGAGAAAGCAGGUGUUGCCCACACUUUAUAAAGAUAGAAUAUAGGUUUGUCCCAAUUUUCCACAAAUAGAUUAUAUGAAAUAUAUAGGUUGAUGCCUGUGAUGUUUUCAUUGACCUUCCUGUUUGUUGAUGUAAGCUAUUUUUUAUCCCUUUCCUAUUCCUACUAUGACCUACACCCCAGUUUGAAAAUUGAUGUCUUACAUUUUAUGGCAUCUGAUAAUUUACAGUUAUGGCUGACUUCUGAGUUCAUUUUAUGGAUAGAGAUGCCUGAAAUAAAUUCUCCAUCUCUCUUCAAAAACUUCCUCAAAAAAUAGUUAAUCAGGCUUUACCUCAAUUUCUGCUCAUUGGAGGAUGCAUGUCUCUAAGAAAACUCCCCUGAGUUGUACGUGUUUGCUUAUGUGUGGAAGGAAGGCUGUUUCAAUAAGGGCUUGUGCUUUGGGGUCAUUAGGUGGAUCACUCCCAUCAUUCUGGCAAGUUUACAUGUGACUUCGAACAUUUCUGAGGGCACUGAAUUUUCCCAGGAGCUAAAGGGGAGGAAGUAUUUCACAGUGGUGCAAUAUAUGAUAGAAUGACCUGUAAUUGGCUUGUAUUAUAGUGGAUUGCCCAGCUCUUGCCUGACCUUGGGGAAUCCAAUAGCAAAGCUGAAUAUUAAUUUUAAAUCCAAAUCUUGCUUUUGAAUUUGAAUCAUCUUCCUCUCUGUCUAUAUAGCACAGAAGGUUAGCCUGUGAAGCCAGCGAGUAUACUCCUAUCCAUUCUGUAUGAAGUUGUACAUAACUUUUGGAUAUACUCAGUGAUAUGAAUGAGGAGAUAAUUAUUUUGUUUAUUCUUUUUUUUGGUAGAUAUUAUGAGAUUUUGUUUUAUUGUUGUACUGUAUAUAAGGAUUCUUUGCUUGGAUGUAAAUCUCUGCUGGCUGAGCUGAAGAGUCAUCAGCAAAAUGAACAGGAGAAAUGAUUAUUAGGGAAUUAUCUGAUGAGAAGGCAGCUGUUUAUUGCUCCAAGGGCCAAACCACCUCAAGUACGGGACUGGCUGAGCAUCUGUGAGAAAUUGCAAAUUGGGGUGGGGAAGGAAAUGACAGACCUGGUCAUUGUGCCUUACAGGGAGGAGACAAGAGAUUACUCAUUGUGCUUUGCAGUUGGCCUCAUUAUUCCAUGUUGAUACAGUUGUCAGCUCUGCCUUUUCUGUACCUCUUCAUUGCUUUCUGAGCCCUUAAAUUCUCAAUUUCCUCUCUGACAGUGAAAUUUUUAAUAAAAUAUUUUCUUUACAA